UCUGCUCUCUGAACAAAGCAUUUCAAGAGGAACAGCCUGGCCUUUACAGUGGAUUAAGAAACAAAGAAAAGAAACUGACUUUUAAAAUGACUUUCUUCAAGCUUCGAGAAGAAGGCAACUGGAUUGCUUGGCCAGUUUCUUAGGAUGAACGCUGGCUUCGUGGGAAGGAGAAGUCUUUGGAGUUCCCAUUUGGAAAAAAACAUCAUCUACUGAGAUCUAGGAAAGUGGAGAGCUUUGACUCGGAACAAUGAACUUCAUAAGGGAAAACAGUCAAGCCCUCAUUCAGAGGAUGGGCAUCACAGUCAUCAAGCAAAUCUCAGAUGAUCUGUUCGCACUGAAUGUUCUCAACUAUGAAGAAGUCGCCGUCAUUUGCUGUGAGAAGGUGGAGCAAGACGCUGCCCGCGGGAUCAUUCACAUGAUUUUGAAGAAGGGCUCAGAGGCCUGCAACCUCUUUCUUAACAGUCUUGAAAGGUGGGACUGUACUAUGUACCAGGACUUAACUGGGCAAGGUAUUUUUCAUCAGAACAUAGAAGAGGACUUGGAUGUUUUGGCUCAGAAUUUAAAAUACUUAUACAACAGCCCCACCUUUCUGAACUUCUAUCCCCUGGGUAAAGAUAUAGACAUCAUUUUUAAUCUGAAGAUCACCUUCACAGAACCUGUCCUGUGGAGGAAAGACCAUCGUCAUCACCGCGUGGAGCAGCUAACCCUGGGCAGUCUGUUGGAGGCUUUUCAGAGCCCCUGCCUCAUUGAAGGAGAGUCUGGCAAAGGGAAGUCCACCCUGCUGCAGAGAAUUGCCAUGCUCUGGGCCUCUGGGGAGUGCAGGGCUCUGAACAGGUUCAAACUGGUCUUCUUUGUCCGCCUGAGCAGUACACGGCAUGGGCUGUUUGAAACACUGUGUGAUCAGCUCCUGAAUGUCUCCGACUCUAUUAGCAAGCCAAGGUUCAUGUCUAUGCUACUGAAACUGCACCAGGAUGUCCUCUUUCUCCUCGAUGGUUACAACGAAUUCCAGCCUCAGAACUGCCCAGAAAUCGAAGCCCUGAUAAAGGAAAACCAUCGUUUCAAGAACAUGGUCAUCGUCACCACCACCACCGAGUGCCUGAGGCACAUCAGACACGUGGGUGCCCUGACGGCGGAGGUGGGGGAUAUGACAGAAGACAGUGCCCAGGUUCUCAUCCGAGAAGUGCUGAUCAAGGAGCUUGCUGACGGCUUGUUGUUCCAGAUCCAGGAGUCCAGGUGCUUGGGGAAUCUGAUGAAGACCCCUCUCUUCGUGGUGAUAACCUGUGCCAUCCAGAUGGGCAGGGAGGAAUUCCAAGCUUACACUCAAACCAUGCUGUUCCGAACCUUCUACGACCUCCUGAUACAGAAAAACAGGCACAAACACCGAGGCGGGACUGAGAGUGAUUUUCUCAGGAGCCUAGACUGCUGUGGAGACCUGGCCCUGGAGGGUGUGUUCUCCCACAGGUUUGCUUUUGAACCCGAGGAUCUGGCCAGCAUGAAUGAGGAUGUCCUGGUGACAACCGGGCUCCUCUGUAAGUACACCGCGCAGAUGCUGACGCCCAAGUACAAGUUCUUUCAUAAAUCAUUCCAGGAGUACACGGCAGGGCGAAGACUUAGCAGUUUGUUGACGUCCAGAGAUCCCAAGGAGGUGAGCAAGGGGAAUGACUAUUUGAAGAAGAUGGUUUCCAUCUCCGACAUCACAUCCCUGUAUGGCAAUCUGCUCCUGUACACGUGUGGGUCAUCCCCAGAAGCCACCAGGGCUGUCAUGAGGCACCUUUCAGUGGUGUAUCAGCAGGAGAGCCUACAAGGGCUUUCUGUCAUCAAGAGGCCUCUCUGGAGGCAGGAAUCCCUACAAAGCAUGAGAAAUGCCACGGAGCAAGAUUAUCUGAAAGCCAUCAAUGUAAACUCUUUUGUAGAGUGUGGCAUCAAUCUUUUCUCCGAGAGCAUAUCUAGAUCAGCCCUGAGCCAAGAAUUUGAAGCUUUCUUUAGUGGGAAAAGUUUAUACAUCGACUCAGAGAACAUCCCUGAUUACUUAUUUGACUUCUUUGAAUACUUGCCGAAUUGUGCCAGCGCACUGGACUUCGUUAAGUUGAACUUCUAUGGAAGAGCUUCCGUGUCACAGGACAAGGCUGAGGAGAACAGCCCUGGAGUCUGUGUGGAAGGCCCCUCAGAAACCUACAUCCCCAGCAGGGCUGUGUCUUUGUUCUUCAACUGGAAGCAGGAAUUCAGGACUCUAGAGGUCACACUCCGGAACAUCAGCAAGUUGAGUAAACAAGAUAUCAAACAUCUGGGGAAGAUAUUCAGCUCUGCCACCAACCUCCGGCUGAACAUCAAGAAAUGCGCAGCCAUGGCUGGGAGCCUCAGCUCUGUCCUCAGGACCUGUAAGAACAUCCAUUCCCUCAUGGUGGAAGCCAGUCCCCUCAACAUAGAUGACGAACAGCACAUCACAUCCGUGACAAACCUCCAGAAUUUGAGCAUUCACCACCUGCAGACCGAAAGGCUGCCAGGCGGUCUGACUGACAGCUUGGGUAAUCUGAAGAACCUCGAGAAGCUCAUCCUGGACAACAUUAGGAUGAACGAGGAAGAUGCUAAAAACCUGGCCGAAGGCCUGGGAAACCUGAAAAAGAUGCGCUUAUUUCAUCUGACUCAUUUGUCUGGCCUUGGGGAGGGGAUGGAUUCCAUAGUGGAGUCUCUGUCGAGAGAACCCUGUGACCUGCAAGAACUGAAGUUGGUGGCCUGCUGUCUGACCGCAAAUUCUGUGAAAGCAUUAGCACAGAAUCUUCACAAUUUGGUCAGACUGAGCAUUCUUGAUAUAUCAGAAAAUUAUCUGGAAAAGGAUGGAAACAAAGCUGUACAGGAACUGAUUGGCAGGCUCAGCCUUCUGGAACAGCUAAUGGUAUUGAUGCUGCCUUGGUGCACAAAUGUGCUCAUCAGCCUGCCCAACCUUUUGAAGCAACUGGAGGGGGUCCCAGGGCUUGUCAAGCUUGGACUGAAAAACUGGAACCUCACGGAUGCAGAGAUUAGAAGUUUAGGUGCCUUUUUGGAGACGAAUCCUCUGAGAAACCUGCAGCAGUUGGAUUUAGCAGGGAAUUGUGUGAGCGGUGAUGGAUGGCUUUCCUUCAUGACUGUAUUUGAGAAUCUGAAACAAUUGGUAUUCUUUGACUUUAGUACUAAAGACUUUUUACCAGAUGCAUCACUGGUGAGGAAACUUGGUCAUGUGUUAUCGAAGUUAACUUUUCUGCAAGAAGCAAGGCUCAUUGGGUGGGAGUUUGAUGACUAUGAUGUUAGUGUUAUUAAAGGCACCUUUAAGCUAGUAAUUACUUAAAGGUACUCCAAACCACCAAGUAGUUCAGAGAGACUCCUUUACAUUCAACGGAUCAUUACAAAUUUUGGAGAAGCCGGCUGGAGA